AUGAGCUCGGGCCGAAAUAUCUUGGUGCUGUACCGUGUGGCCAACUCGGAUUCUGACAACAGCACACCCAAUUACAACUGCUUCAACCUUCCCUAUGGAUCAGGUGCAACUUUGUCAAGAGUGAAACAGCAUUGUGCUGCAGCUCACCAUCUCAAUGUGUUGGGCCCAGAAGGGUAUCAUUGGCGUGUUUUGGUCGAGGACAAGGCUGGAGAGGAGGGAGAAAGGGCCUACAGCUGGUGGGACAUUCAAGAUGGAAAUGCCAAGCUUCCCAUCAAGCAAUGCUCCCAACACGAUGUCCGAAGGCUCCUUCACCCGGGCAAGUCUGUCAUUUCUGGUACCGAUUCUGCUUCCAAGGCUGCCAAGGGAGCUUUCAAAAUGAUGGGAAAGAUGGCCGAAAGUGUUGUUGGAGGAGAAGCAGAGAGCACUGGACCACCAGUUGCUGUCAUUACCUUCAAACUUGUGGAUUUGGUCAAGCUCCAAGAUGAAAUGGACAAGAGAGGUCCUCCACCACCUCGUCAACCACGUGCUCGUCCCGCUCCACGACCACGAGCGACACCGGCUCCAAAACCUCGUGCACAAGCACCUGCUGGUGCUAGACCAGGGGCUCGACCACAACAAGCAGCCCAACGAGCUCCAGCUCCUAGGCAACAACAUCAGCAACAACGGGCACAGACGGGUUCUCUCUUGGACUUUGGGGGUGGCGUGGCACCUUCGGCACCCACCACUGGAAACUUUAAUCCCAAGGUUCUACAUCAUACACAUUCGGCUCCUCCAGUCCCUGUGAACGAAAGUCGAGCGCAGCGUCUGAAGCGAGAACAAGAGAAGAAAAUGAAGACUUCCAAUCGCGUCUGGGACGAUAUCGAUCAGCGAUGGGUGGAAGCCAAACCACAGACACCGGCUCCAGGUGCAGUGGCGACCAAACCAAAGGGCAAGGUGGUCGGUGUCAAGUUGGAUGGGUCCAGUGGAAUCGGAAAGAGUGUUAGCGUACAAGCUGGGGUCAACAAACGUGUCAAUGAAAUGAAGGAAGCCCAACAAAAGGCUCUCGAAGAGGUUCGGGAACGAGAAGCCAAAAAGAAGCGUGACGAAGACGAAGAAGAUAUUGUGAGAAAGCAAUUGGAACCCAAGAUCAAGGCUUGGGCUGAAGAACACGGCAAGAAGAAACAAAUUCGAGCACUGUUGGGAACCCUCCACAUUAUCUUGUGGCCAGGAGCUAAGUGGAAGCAAAUUGGUAUUGGUGACUUGCUGGAAGAUAAAAAGGUGAAACGUGCCUUCCACAAGGCAACUCUUGUUGUGCAUCCAGAUAAGACUCACGAUUUGCCACCCGACCAACGCUUUUUGGCGAAACGUAUCUUUGAUGCUUUGAGUCAAGCCAAGACCGAAUUUGACAAUGGAAAUUAG